UGACUCGACAAUGUCUGUCACACUGCACACGACUCUGGGCGACAUCAAGAUCGAAGUUUGCUGUGAUACAGCGCCUCGUGCAUCCGAAAACUUCCUGGCGCUUUGUGCAAGCGGCGCAUACGACGGCACCAAAUUCCACCGGAACAUGAAGGGAUUCAUGGUGCAAGGUGGGGAUCCAACGGGCACAGGCAAAGGUGGCCAAAGCAUCUGGGGCGGCACUAUCGACGACGAGUUCCACCCGCAGAACAGACACAACUGCCGAGGCAUCGUAUCCAUGGCCAACAGCGGUCCCAACACCAACAAACAGCAGUUCUUCAUCACGUAUGGCAAGCAGCCACACCUCAACAAUGUCUACACCGUUUUCGGCAAGAUCAUCGACGGCAUGGAUACAUUGGACGCCAUCGAGAAGACGCCCGUGGACGCCAAGAACCGACCGCUCAAGGAGAUCGCCAUCAAGUCCGUCACCAUCCACGCCAACCCCAUCGCCGACAUGUGA